AUGGUUUUCCUUGCUUUGGUAAAACUCAUAAACGAGUGCAUUAGUAAUGAAAGUUCCGCAAGACACGUGGACCUCGUAAUGAAAUGUCUUUGGAGAGUGAUAAAGUUAAUGCCGCAAUGGGGCGAUACUAUAGACUAUGAUUCUGUAUUAUUAGAAGUACAUAAUUUCUUGAAGAAGUUCCCCUCAUCGUGGUGGAAAAAUAAAGAAGUCGAUACACCACUCAGAACUGUUAAAACUAUUCUCCAUUCUAGUGCAAAGAUUAAGGGAGGUACCAUAAUGUUACAUUUGGGGAAGAUACCGAACACUAGUGAAUCAGAAGUUGAAUCGUAUAUAUUAAGAAUACUCAAGAGUUUAAAAAUAUCCGAAGUUCAGCAUCUACCAGCGAAGCAAGACGCCCAAAGGAGAUCGCUUUCUAGAGCAAAUCACAAAAUGCUAACAGAUAUUUUCCAGAAAAUCGGUAGCAAGGAUGAAACUAAAGAAGGAUUGAAUUUGCUAUAUGAUUUUAUGCAACAUCAUCCCGAAGCAGACAUCGAGCCGUUCUUAUCGAACUCGAGCAAAUUUUUCCAAGAUUAUAUUAGAAAUGGCCUUAAAGAGAUAGAAGAUUCUAGGAAAAGUAGUAAAACUGCUAUUAGUGAAAAAGUUAAUGAGCACAUCCAAGAAAAAACAGAGUUAGCAAUUUCUCAUACGGACCCAACCCGGAAAGGUCCGGACUAUUGGAAAGAAAGGCUGAAUAUGUGGAAUCAGCUCUUCGAUCAAGUAAAAGUAGGAAAAAAUAUAGAACUCCCAGAAUAAAUUGUGUAUUAGCAGUAUAACGUCCUAUUACAUUAGAUACAUGCAAAAAUUUCCCAUUAAUAUGUAGAACAGAUAUAUAACAGAAAUUGAUGUAAUUCAACUCUUAUACCAUGACUCAUGUGUAGCAUAUUUAUUUUUCUCUAACUUUGUGAUAGACAUAACAUUUUAGUCGUUCAUAUAUCGUUUUAAUUUGACUUUAAUUAUAUCUGUUUUUAAGACUUCUCGAACGUUAAUUCUUGGCAAAAGAUAUGUUGUUGACACUAUUAACCUGAUGUAAUAUUGUUUAAUUCUGAAGUCGACCUAAUAGUGAUACACCUACCUAUCUUUAUCCAGCUUUUAUUUAUACUGAGUGCCUGUAAUCUUAUUUUUAGAUAAGAAUAAGUACUUUUUUAUUAUAUUUAAAAAUCGUCCGUUUAAAUAUUCACUAGUUUUAAUAAAAAUAAACUUAAUAGU